AUGAGCAGGUUCGCCGGAGUUCUACGGCGGACGUUUGGGAUAGUACGCGACCACGUCGGGACAGAUCAUUUGGGGAAUAAAUAUUACUUUAUCCCAGAACAGAAGACAUGGACGGGAAGACUCGUUCGUGCCAAGCGGAUGGUAGUAGCAGCCAAUCCUACAGAAUAUGAAUAUAUAGAAGGCAGCAUACCGAUGGAGUGGGACGCUUGGAUCCGAGGCAGACGGAAGGAGCCCCCCUCCGUUGAGGAGCUGCUGAAGAAUGAGUCUUACAGGGAGCAGAUCAAGAUGAAGGCCAAGGAGGUGGAGGAGAAAGAUCUGGCCCUACAGGCUAAGGAGUAUGAGGAAGGUCUGGUGGCGACUCCUGCAAGGACUGUGGCCAAGGGCCAUGCAGCCGCCACCAGCUUCGGCAAGCCGGAGUUCACUGAGGACCCCACCAGCACUGCAAACACAUUCCAGCCUGGCUCCUGGAUGCCCACUUCCAAGAAGGACCACUGAGACUGACAUGGCAGUGCAAUGUAAUACAAUCCAAUAGAAAAGACCUGCAAUAAAUACUACCUCUGGGAAAUUGCUAUUCACUUUUAGUUGAGACUUUGAGAUCUAAUUAGAAACACCUUUUCAUAUAAUCCAAUCCAAGUAAGCAACACAACAAACUAUGAUCUCCAGAAAUUACCAGAGUUUAAUCAACUCAUCUCUGAGUCACUCUCAAAUAAUUCAGCAUUAUACAUUUCAAAGAGGAAGUAUUUAUUUCAAGGCAAUGUUAUUGGUCUGAAUUACAUUACAAAGGGGUUUCUACUUUUGUAGUCCCUCAGUGUAUACUGAAUAUACACAAGACGAUAUUCAUCACUCAUAUUUGAGCCAACUGUAAGUGAUGACAGUAAUUUAAUGUAGAUGAAAGGUUUGUUAGUAAAGUAAAGAAAAACUGAAAGGGUUGUACUUCAUUAAUUAUUGAGUUCACCGACUGCAAAUAUGCUUGAGGGAUACCGUAAGAAAUCAUUUUUAAUUAAUUGUAAUUCUAAUCAAUCAGUAUUAACUCUGUACUGAGAUAAACCUAUAUUUUUUUCAGAAUUACAGUUCUCAAGAAAUCAGUAAUGUCCAAGGAAAUGAUGUAGUGAUUAUCCAUCAGGAAAGGGAGGUUUAUGACAGUGUAAAGAAGUAUCAGAUGUUGUGAAAGCAUGUGGAAAAGUACACGCUUUGGGAAGUGUUAAGUAGAGAAGAUCUGUUAACUUUAAAUUGAACCCAGAAUUGAAAUCCGUUCAGCCCUGCCCUUGGUGGAAUGAGACUGUAGUUACAUUAAAUAUUGUGUUAAUGUUUCUGUUCAUCAUGAAGGUGGUAUGUGAUUUUUUUUUUUUUUAAAUGCUCUCAAGAGAUCACAGCACACUACACGCAGGGAUGAAUAAAACGUCAUGAGAAAGAAAAGGGAAGACUAAUAUGAU